UAAAUCACCUCUAGCCAUAAGGCUGAUUAGGAACUUUGAACCGUUAACCUUCCGUACUUGGUACUCCGUAUCUGGCAUGAGCUCCAAUCGUUCAAUUUGGCCCAAUGACUCAAACUGCCUAAACCCUUGAGUACCAUUUUCCCUCUCUUCCUGUUGAGCAAAAACCCCCAACAUUUCCAGCAACAACCAACACUGCAACUUAGCUUCAACCCAUCAACAAUGGCGUCUAGACGAUGUUUCUCCACUCUCACUCGCCAUUCUUUCAACCCUCUUUUCUUCUCCAAAUCUCCCUCUCUUCACUCCCUCAAAUCCCUAACUUCUCACCUUCCUUCUCUUCAACGACUCCCUCAUUCUCUCUCUCCUCAAUUCAACCCUCAUUCAUUCCUCCCUCGCAACUUUUCUUCACGCACCCAAAACCCUAAAAAUCCUAAAAUCAUCGAAAAUGACGAUGAUGAAGACGACGACGAUGAUGAAGAAGAAGAUGAUGACGAGGAAGAGGAGGAUUAUUCGAGCGAAGAAGAGGGAGAAAGAUCAAAUGAGCCAUCUAAUCUUGCUGAUAGAUCGUAUUUUGUUGAGGAUAAACUUGAAGAAGCUGCUCAUAUUGGGUAUAAGGUUGUCGGGCCGCUUCUGCCCACUGAUCGGGUUUUUAAGCCCUAUGAACCCGCUUUCGCAGUUGUUCAGGUGGGAUCACAUCAAUUUAAGGUGAGUAAUGGGGAUUGCAUCUAUGUUGAGAAGCUCAAGUACUGUGAGGUCAAUGAUAAGUUGAUUUUAAAUAAGGUCUUGAUGGCCGGUUCACCAACCCAAACCAUGAUUGGGAGGCCUAUAUUGCCAGAGAUUGCAGUUCAUGCUGUCGUAGAGGAACAUGCUUUAGAUGCCAAGGUUAUCAUCUUUAAAAAGAAGCGAAGAAAGAACUACAGGAGGACCAAAGGUCACCGACAGGAGCUCACUAGGUUGAGAAUAACUGAUGUAGAAGGAAUUGAGAAACCAGAAGCACCACCAGUAGGGAAGACACCAAAAACUGCUGCUAAGAAAGUAGAAAAAGUAGCGGUGGCUGCAUAAUUGGGGUCUCACAUAGUCAACGUGACAACUGGUCAAGCUGAUGGUUUGAGGCUCAACUCUUGCAAACUGACACGGGAUUCCCAUGUCAUGUUUUCUGAAUCAAUGUUACAUGAGUCAUAUAAGCAGAAAGUUUUGAUUCUUGACCAUAUGUUAGCAUAUAUCAAAUCUUGUAGGUGUAUAAUUUGUUCAAUUCAUAAAACCAUCAUGUAGUGAUGUAGACAUGUGCAAUUCUUCUACCCUGAAUGAAAGGAGCAGGAGUUUUGCUGAAAUGACUCAAAUGAGUUCAAUAUUGUAGUCUUUUUGAUAAAGUUGUUAGAUUUAUGAAUCAUUUGUUUGCCUGUGGCCAGUUGUUCA